AUGCCGACCAAUCCUUCUACUGCUGCUUCUACUGCAUCCACGUCUGCAAAGACUGCAUUGGUUGCUACUGCUAAAUCAUCUCCACUGGACGUGCUGUUUCAAGAUGAUCCAUACUUGGAACAUCAACGAUCUGCUCUUGAACACAGGCAUUCGCUUUUCCAGGCCGCAUUAACCAAGAUUGAUCAAACUGAGGGUGGAAUUGCUCAGUUUUCAUCCGGCACUAAUAGGUUUGGCUUUAAUGUGUCAAGUACUGCCAUCACCUAUCGUGAAUGGGCACCAGGCGUCAAGGCUGCAUUCCUUACUGGUGAAUUCAAUCAAUGGAAUCGAGAUUCCCAUCCAAUGAAGGUCGACUCGUAUGGUGUAUGGGAGAUUGUGUUACCCCACAAAAAAGAUGGAUCUCCAAGCAUCCAGCACAACACCAAAGUCAAGUUGUCCAUGAUCAAGCAUGAUGGACAACGCAUUGAACGCAUUCCUGCGUGGAUCCAUCGUGCUACUCAAGAUCUAUCUGUUAGUCCCGUUUAUGAAAGUGUAUUUUGGAAUCCUCCACAAAAAUACCAGUUUCGUCACCCACGUCCCGCUCGCCCCACAUCUCUACGAAUCUAUGAAGCCCAUGUUGGCAUUGCUUCUCCCCAUGGUCGUGUUGCUACAUACAAGGAAUUCACUCGCGAUGUUCUUCCUAGAAUCGCCAAUGUUGGUUACAAUACAAUUCAGCUUAUGGCAAUCAUGGAACAUCCUUACUAUGCCAGUUUUGGUUAUCAGGUCACUAAUUUUUUUGCUCCAACAAGUCGCUGUGGUUCACCUGAAGAUCUGAUGGAACUUAUUGAUACUGCACACUCACUUGGAAUUAUUGUCUUGCUUGAUGUGGUGCAUUCUCACGCAUCUGACAAUAUUUUGGACGGUAUUAAUCAAUUUGAUGGAACUGAUCACCACUACUUUCACGAAGGCAGUCGUGGUCGUCAUGAACUAUGGGGAAGCCGUCUGUUCAACUACGGCCACCACGAGGUUCUUCGGUUUCUGCUUUCAAAUCUUAGAUACUGGAUGGACAAUUACAAAUUUGAUGGAUUUCGAUUUGAUGGUGUAACAAGUAUGCUGUAUCUUCAUCACGGUAUUGGAACUGGGUUUAGCGGAAAUUAUCAUGAAUACUUUGGAGACAGCGUGGACAUGGAGGCUGUUUUAUACUUGAUGCUGGCCAAUCAUCUUGUGCAUAGCUUGAAUCCAGCUGCAAUUACCAUUGCUGAGGAUGUGUCGGGUAUGCCUACGCUAUGCCGGCCUGUAUCGGAAGGUGGUGUCGGGUUUGAUUAUAGACUAAGCAUGGCAAUUCCAGACAUGUGGAUCAAGACACUCAAGGAGAAAACUGAUGAUCAAUGGGAAAUGGGAAAUAUUGUCUUUACUUUGACCAAUAGGCGAUGGAAGGAACCUGCUAUUGCAUAUGCAGAGAGUCACGAUCAAGCUCUUGUCGGUGACAAGACGUUGGCUUUUUGGCUUAUGGAUAAGGAGAUGUAUGACUUUAUGUCGGACCUAUCGCCCAUGACGCCUAUUAUUGAUCGCGGCUUGGCUUUGCACAAAUUGAUUCGAAUGAUUACGUAUGCUCUAGGUGGCGAAGGAUAUCUUACAUUUAUGGGCAAUGAAUUUGGACACCCCGAGUGGCUAGACUUUCCAAGGGAAGGUAACGGUAGCAGCUUCCAUUAUGCUCGUCGACAGUAUAAUCUUGUAGAUGACCCGCUACUUCGAUUCAGAUAUCUCAACAAUUGGGAGCGUGCAAUGCAUCAGCUGGAGUCACAGUAUGAUUGGCUUAGCUCUGGACAGUUUGUGAGUCUCAAAAAUGAGGGUGACAAGGUGAUUGUAUUUGAGCGAGGAAACCUUCUUUGGAUCUUCAAUUUCCAUCCAACGCAGAGCUUUGCCGACUAUCGUGUUGGUACGAUAUGGAACACCACACACAGUGUUGCAUUGCAUUCUGAUCGUCCAGAGUUUGGUGGACACUCACGUAUCGCUGAAGAUUGCCAAUAUAUUCCUACUAAAGAAACAUGGAAUGGGCGUCCCAACUGGAUUCAGGUCUACAUUCCCUCGCGUACAGUUUUGAUCCUCAAGCACGAGUGA